AUGUUGCCACUGCUUGCCGUUUCGUGCUUUCUAGGCGUGGCCGCCGCCUCGGCGCCCGUCGCAGGCGCCCAUGACGAUGUCCUCACCGCCUACCUGGAGGAAGGAUCGCUCCCGGACAGCUUCCGUCAGCAGCUGCAGCAAAUGCGCGACAAACGCGAGGUGCUCAACACGGCCUCUGCCUUCGUCGAGUCCGUCGCCGCGGGCGCCAGCGGUGACGACGAGCAGAAGGACCCCGUGAUCCAGCCUACCGGCAACUGGGCGGACGGGUUCUGGAAGCAGGGCGACUUCAAGCUGCCGAAGAACUGGGGCAGGUGGGAGGACCCCUUCACGAAGAAGGUCACCACCGUGUGGACCAUGCAGGGCCCGAAGGGGGAGCCAGGGCCUCCAGGGCCUCUUGGGCAGCAGGGGCUGCCGGGGCCCUCGGGCCCCGACGGCAUCGACAAGGACCCGUCGAUGGUAGACCUGAGCUCGGCCAAAGGCCCGGUGGGACCGCCGGGCCACCCGGGCAACGAGGGCGACCCGGGAGUCAGGGGCUCCUUCGGCCCCCCGGGGCCACCUGGCGACCAGGGGCCGACCAUACCCUUCUCCGAGAAGCAGACGGCGCGCAUCGAGAACCUCCUCGUGGCACUCUCGAGCUCCCUGGAGCGGGCCGUGGAGAUGGACAAGAUCGGCGAGACGGUCGUCGUGAAGCGGCUGGAGGCCCUCGAGAAGCACAUCGCGGCCCUGGAGGCCACCCAGAUGAAGAACCUGGAGCUGGUGCGAGAGGCGCAGGCGGCACGGAAGAACAGCUCCGAGAUCGACAAGGUCGUCGCCGCCGGCCUCCAGGUCAACGCCACGGUCCGCGAGCUGCAGAGGGAGGACGAGCAGAUCCAGAACCGCUCGGACGCCCUAAAGAGGGAGAUCAUCGAGCUGAACGCGAAGGACGCGAUGGGCACGGACAGAAACAUCAGGCCCGGCGACUUCCCGUCCGCCGGCAGCGCCGCCGGCUCGGCGGGGUCGCCCUCGCCUUGCUCGAAAACGGGCGCAGGCCCCGCCAACGUGAACCCCUUCUUCACCAGCGUGCCGCAGGCGCCCGCGCCUGGCCAGCAGGUCGGCUCGGCCUUCGACCUGGCCCCAGCGCCCGCGCUGCCGCCGCUGCAGCCGGGCCAUCCCCACGAUCCUGGCUACGGCCAGCAGCCGCCCUUCGCGGCGCCGGCGCCCGGCUACGGCCCGCAGCCGCCCGUGCAGCAGAUGUACGGCACGGCGCCCGCGGAGCCCUUUGCCCCCGCCGCGCCCGGGCCGGUGCAAGGCCCGUACCCGCCGCAG